CUAAUGUUACAAUCCCAUAAGCCAGCAAUACCUCGUCGUGCGAGCAAUUACUCAUACCCCGCUAGUCUUAGUAAUGAGGUGUGGUUAAAAUUGAUGAUAAACAAAUCCACAAAAGUAAGCGUUUUGUAACGCUUGUUUAGAGAUUUACACAGAAUAUUGAAGACCAAUGGCUGCUAUUCGUAAAAAGUUAGUGAUAGUUGGUGAUGGUGCUUGUGGUAAAACAUGCCUUCUUAUAGUGUUCAGCAAAGACCAAUUUCCAGAAGUCUAUGUACCCACUGUGUUCGAAAACUAUGUAGCAGAUAUUGAAGUUGAUGGAAAACAGGUUGAGUUGGCACUUUGGGAUACUGCUGGCCAGGAAGACUAUGAUAGACUGAGACCUUUGUCCUAUCCUGAUACAGACGUCAUUCUUAUGUGUUUCUCCAUAGAUAGUCCAGACAGCUUGGAAAACAUACCGGAGAAGUGGACACCAGAAGUCAAACACUUCUGUCCGAAUGUCCCAAUUAUUCUCGUAGGAAACAAGAAAGAUUUGAGAGGAGAUGAAGGUACUAGGCGUGAACUUGCUAAAAUGAAACAAGAACCUGUGAAAAUUGAGGAGGGCCGAGGUAUGGCUGAACGUAUUUCAGCUUUUGCUUAUUUAGAAUGUUCUGCCAAGACAAAGGAAGGAGUUAGAGAGGUUUUUGAAAGUGCUACAAAAGCUGCAUUACAAGUUGAGUUGGCACUUUGGGAUACUGCUGGCCAGGAAGACUAUGAUAGACUGAGACCUUUGUCCUAUCCUGAUACAGACGUCAUUCUUAUGUGUUUCUCCAUAGAUAGUCCAGACAGCUUGGAAAACAUACCAGAGAAGUGGACACCAGAAGUCAAACACUUCUGUCCGAAUGUCCCAAUUAUUCUCGUAGGAAACAAGAAAGAUACCCGCAAUGAUGAAAGUACGAAAAGAGAGCUCAUGAAAAUGAAACAGGAACCAGUACGACCGGAAGAAGGAAGAGCAAUGUCAGAAAAAAUCAAUGCUUUCAGUUAUUUAGAAUGUUCAGCCAAAACAAAGGAAGGGGUUAGGGAGGUGUUUGAAACAGCAACAAGAGCGGCGUUACAAGUGAAGAAGAAGAAGAAUGGAAAAUGUAUGCUAUUAUAAUGUUAGGAACAUGAUUAACAAAUUACAGUUGAAUGUGUAUGAGACAGUAAAUCUUAACUUGUAAGGUUAAGCAUGUGCAAUUAUUAUAGGCAGAUGGUAUGUAAUCUAAUAUUGUUUGCUUUACCCGUUGGCUUUUUGCAAUGAGCCACGAAACACAAAGGGGACAUAACUACAUAGCUUAAACGAUACUUUGUAUUAUUCUAAUGGAUAUAUCUUUACUUCUCGUGUUAUAGGACUGAAUUGUACUACCUUAAUUGCAGACUAAAUAUAAGAUUGAAUUGAAAUGAGAGUUAUUUAACCUUAAUUGAAUAAUAUAUUAUAAAAAACAACACGUUGUGUCAUUCUAUAAAUGAAAGGUUUCUCAUUGACAUAGAGCAUACAGUGCUUAUAUGACCAAGCUUCGAAACAGUUUUGAGUUGUUGACCACCGCAUCUGAAAUAUGAAUAAUAUUUGGUCCAAUUUUUAAAAUUGUACUUGCGCAACAAACAAUAAAGAAAGUUUAAAAAAUCUUGCAACAUGCUCGUUAGUCUAUUGGAGAACAUACAUGAACUUCAAAAUUUAUUACUGGAGUAACUUUCAUGUACAUAAUCGUCAACUAAUGGUGUGGACACGGAUACGCUUAGUAAACAAACCAAAUUUGAUUUGGGUGAAACUGAAAAGAACUUAUCUACCUGAAUGAUUAAUUAAAAUCGUCACUGGAAAGUGUCAUUUUUCCAAAGGAAGAACGUAAAGAAAGAUUUUUAUUUUUUAAUUUUAUUUUUAUUCCGGACAAGACGUAAAAUAGCACAAAAAUACUAAUUUUUUGUUAAACGAUAUAUAGGCUGUCUAUAUAGAUGUUUCGUGGAACGAAGCAGAGCCAUCAAGUACGUUGUCUCCAUAAUACCCAUCUGCCGUUUCUCCUUAACAUUUAUUUUUAAUCGAUUGUACACUGUACAGUGCAUAUGGUUUUCUACAUACAUGUAUAUUUAAAUGAUGUGAUACAAUUGUUUGAAGGUUGGAUAUGGUAUAAGUAUUCUAUGAUCGCUCUCUACUAUGUUAUAAUGCCCGUUAGUGAGUGUGUUUGUGAACAUGUUUAGUAAUGGCACAUGUACUGGUUUCUCCACAGUUGUUUAACAUAUAUAAGGUUACUAACUUAAGGUGAUUAUGAACCAGACUUAUUCAAGAAGAGGUUCGUUUAAUGAAUAUCAUAUAUAAUUACUCCCCUUAAUUCAUUGUAACAUCGCCAGACAAACAAUUUCAGAUUAUAAAUUGACUUCUUAAUAGUUGCUUGCACAAAUGUUGAGAUGUAUUUAACCAAAAGCGAUGGCCACAUGACUGCAACAGAUGUUUGUUGCGGGAAGAACUUUUCAUCUCUUACGUCUAAUGAAACACAUUUUUGUAUGUAGGGGUUUGACUGAAUGUCUGUUGUUCUUUUUGCAAAUUUUUAGCGUGCCAGCAAUGUUUAUUCAUGUUAACGUGUUGGCGAAGUAUUCUCGCUGUUUCACUGGCUCAUCACAUUUUCUGUACAUUUUGUCAGGCAGUACACAUCAGAUAUAAAGCUUGGUCUGAUGACGUUUUUGAGUGUUGACAUCUUUCAGUAGUAACAUUAUUUGCCUUCUUAGACCAGCAGAAUUGUUAUGUUUUUGAUGGUAAUUGUCCGUCUUUCAGUAAGUCCUUCAUGUGCACCCUUCCGCUCAGAUACAUGUACAUCUGUCAGGAAUGCCUGAAAUAACGUUCUGAUCAAACUGUAUAUAUACAUUUUAGGUAAGGUUGCCCUUUUAAUUUUUUACACCAAAUUCCUUUAGUAACACCAUUGAGUAAUGGCCUUUUGUACCUGUAUAUUGUUUGUGCUGUGUUAUGCUCUUAACGCCACGAAUGUUUUAUAUUUGAGAAACUACUGCGCAAAAUGCUUUAAAACAUCACCCAUGUACUCGUCGCUAUGCGAUGACCUUCUUGAGCCUAUUGCUUAACCUUUGCUUACAUUUUGUUAAACAAACCGCUUAUGUUCAGGCGUUUUAUGAAUUUUGGAUUUUUGUGUACACAUACAUACACUUCCAUGACAAUAAAAGAAAUGUUUAAAUUUUGACUUGUAAAAGUUAUUGUCAAUUUUACACCAGACUCGUCCAGCAAUGAUUUGCCUAAUUUCUAUUCUAUCUAUUUUGAUUACGCCGUUUAAAGACAAAAAGUACAGAACUUUAAAGGCAAUUUGAAACAUGGGAUAAAAUUAAGUGAGCUACUGAACAAAUAUCACCAUCUACAAAUAACUACAUUAAGAUACAUAUUUUUUUUAAGAAUCUCUAAAUUUCUUCCUUUUGCAUAUUGCCAAAAUAACAAACCUGUAGUUUGCAGUUGUUAUAAAAUGUACAUGUAAUGGGUGCUCACGUGAGGAUGUUACAUAUAUGUUGGUAUUGAAUAAUGGAAUCAUAAAGCACAUUUCUUGUGCCAGGUACUCCAGAUUUCCAAACAGAUCGUCGUGUUUGUUAAUGCUGGUAGAUAUAAUGAUUGCGACGAGACCUUCAGUUAUAUUUCUUGUAUCAUCUUUUCAUCUCCUAUGCUGUCAUUUGUGUUUUAUAAUCAAUUAUGCAGUUUUUACUAGAGAACUCAUGAGAAAUGUGUGUUUAAAUGUCUGAAUUUAAUGUAUGUAUUAAUUUAAUGUAUUUGCCAUAAUAUUAUAUUUUACUGCCGUGGCAAAGAUCCAGUUUAUUUUUUGUUUCGUAAGAGAUGUCUUUUUAACUUCAUUAAUAUGUGAGUUAAGUUGGGUUUUUAUUUGGGUUUACUCUCCAUUUCUUUCAUUUCAGUCAUAGAAGUACACAACUUGUAAUUUAAGAUAUGCCAUUACUGAUUAAGUGCAUAAGAUUUGCUUGAUUAUUAAAAAAAUAUAUAUCCAUCCAAUGAUAAGUGUUACAGCAAACCGUGUAUUAAUAAUUUGCAACUUGCAUUCACAUAUGCUUUUUUAAAAUUUUGAUUUUUAUGUUAGAGAAAAGCAUCAAAUAAUAAACAUUUUAGACCAGUAAUAUAAAGAUUUCUACGUUAUAUCUUGGGUAGAAGAUUGAAAAAUAGUGACAUUGCUAACGUGAAAGAAGAGACAUAUUGUGUAUUUAUUCUGUCAUAUUUUCUCUGUGUAAUUAUUAUACAACAGACAUUUUAUUUUCUGUGUAGUAAUGUGACUGAAUGUUGAUGUAUGAAAGAUUUCAAUAGAAUUAUAUAACUCGAAA